UUGAAGAUUGAUUGAUCAUUCUUCGCCGAAGAGACUUACUUCUUCGCCGCGGAGAGGUCCGUCCGAGGUUCACCACGAUAACCAUUUCUCGAGAUCUUAUCAUCUUAUCAUCCACCAUGAUGAUGUUCUCCUUCCGGGCUGCCCUGUUGUUGCUGCUGUUGACCCUGGUCUCGUCGGCUGCUGCCGACCAGAAUGAGUGUUAUGAUGGAAAGUUAACUUAUUGCUUGGAGAAGCUCAAGUUGACCCAAGAUGAAUGCAGCAAAAAAGCAACGGAAUGGUGCUCUGCUUCUACUGGUACUGCGACCAGUACAAAGGAUUGUUACCAAGGCAAGCUGGAGUACUGCUUGAAGAACAUGGGGCUCUCGGAAAACGAAUGCAAGGAGAAAGCGGAGGGUUGGUGUCAGCAAAAGAAAAAGGAGGGCUUGGAAGAUCAAAAGUGAAAUUUCGGCUGCCCGAAUGGAGCCUUAUUUCGUGUAUGAACACCUUAAUAAGCUAGCUAGUUGUUUUUGAUGUUUUUGUAAGCUUGAAUCGAAUCAAUCAGAUUACGUGCCGUACAUGUAGUAUCUCUGAAAUAAUACAUGUACCUAUUGCAUGGAACAUUAAUAAUAAUAAUGAUAUCUUUUCCUGCAGACUAGCUACCUGGUAGCUACCUGGUA